AUGGCUUGUGUUACUCUCAUCUCUCUUAUCCGAACACUAGAGUUGGAGUUCUUACAACGCCAACCCCGUGUGGUUCUUCAUGACAAUCAAAUCAUCCACUUUCUUCAUCAAAGCCUCUCUCUUUUGCAAGCCCUUCUUGAGGAAUCAGAGAAAAAUAAGCUUUGGGUUAGUGAUGAUGAGGCUUUUAAAGAUCUGAUGGCAAGAGUUAAGGACAUAACUUUCAAAGCUGAAGGUGAUAUUGAAUCUCAAGUAAUGGAGAUUGUUUCUAUGGGGAAUCAACCAUCUUCUCUUGAAGGACUCCACCAGAUCUUGCAAAGUCUUGCACAAGACAUCGACGGGGUUAUCGAGUGCAUUAAGAAAAGAAGAAACGUUAAAGAGUCAUAUUCUCCUCAAUUGGUUUCGUCAUCAUACCAUGAUGAGAACAUCAUAGUUGGUGGUUCCACCCGUCGGAUUUCAAAGCUUGACGAAGAAGAAAUGGUAGGGCAUGCCAUGGAAUUGGCUAGGAUGAAGGAAAUGCUCCUUCAAGGCAGCUCACCUCCAGAACGACAAGUUAUGUCCAUUGUCGGUAUGGGAGGUAUAGGCAAGACGACUUUCGCCAAAAUAAUCUACGAUGAUCUGUCAAUUAGAUCCCAUUUUGACCUCUAUGGUUGGACAACAGUGUCUCAAGAUCAUAAUUUGAGAAAAAUUCUCCACCAUCUUUGUCAUUCUAUUGUACACAUGACUAAUGAAGAAAUUAGCAAGGUAGACACCGAUGACCUAGCAAACAAACUACGCCAAUGUCUAAUGGGUCAAAGGUAUCUACUUGUAAUGGAUGACGUAUGGGACACUAAAGUUUGGGAUGAUGUCCAUAGAUGUUUUCCAGAUGAUUCCAAUGGUAGUCGAAUAUUGUUGACAACUCGACUCAAGGAGGUGGCACACUAUGCUGGUUUAAAGGGAUUUAUUAAAGUGGAUAGCCAAAGAAACUUGGAAGAAGUUGCCCAUGACUAUCUACAAGAUCUAAUUGGCAGAAACUUAGUGCUUAUUAGUGAGCUAAGUUUGCUGGGCAACAUUAAGACAUGCAGAAUACAUGAUUUGUUAUAUGACUUGUGCUUGAGAGAAGCUAAAGAUGAGAAGCUUUUGUCUGUUAUUCAUGAAGAGAUUGAGAGUGUUCAAUUAGAUGAAACUCAACCAAAGUGUUAUAAUGAAAAUGGCAAUCGUUGGUUAAGAUUUCAAUCAUGGUCGUCUUACUUGCCCAACUUUAAUUGUGAAAAGUAUGCUUUCCACAAAUCUCAAACCCUUUUAUUUUUUGGUCGUUUUAUAACCCCAUGGACUUUGUGUAAUUCUUUCAAAAGGAUAAGGGUUCUGGACCUAACUUUAAUUAGGUUCAUUAUGGUACCAAACAUUGACAUGGAGGAUCUAAUUUUUCUACGAUACCUACGUUUGCGUUCAAUUAAGUAUGUAGGUGCUAUAAAACAUCAUUGUAACCUACAAACAUUAAUUGUCCAAGAUCCCAAUGUUGAUGGCUCUCAAGAUGAUGCCGGCAGAGAGUGGUUGCGUGGUGUUUGGAAGUCUCAAAGCUUAAGGUACAUCAUGUAUCCCUUUCAAUUCCCAAAGCCGCAUAUUGAUGAGGAUGUUGUUCAAGAAAAUUUGCAAACUCUUUAUUGGUUGCCUGAUUUUCAAUGUACGAAGCAAUUUGUUUUGAGGAUUCCAAAUGUUCAAGUGUUAGCAAUUACAUGUUCUGAAGAAUCUGACUUUGAAAUUCCAACUUGGUGGGAAAAUCUUUGCUAUUUAGCUAAGCUUAAGAAAUUAAAAGUUUGUAGUUAUUGGUCUUCAACAAGCCCACUUCCAAGUACUAUUAGUACUUUUCCACAACAACUUAAGAAGUUAACACUUAUUAGAGUACUACUGCAGUGGGAAGCUAUUAACGCCUUUAGCAUGUUGCCAAAUCUUGAAGUGCUCAAAUUUAUCCGUGCAGAAUGCAUGGGAGAAAAGUGGGAAACCAUUGAUGGAGGGUUUCUCAAGUUGAAGUUUUUAUUCAUUCAUUGUGCAGAAUUGAAGUAUUGGAGUAGCACGGGUGACCAUUUUCCUGUCCUUGAGCGACUAGCCUUGCACUAUUGCUAUUAUUUAGAAGAGAUUCCUAUGGGUUUUGUUGACGUUUUGACAUUACAAUUGAUUGAUUUAAAAGCUUGUACUCCUUCUCUUGUGGAGUCAGCCCGAAAAAUUCGUGAUGAGCAAGAGAGUUUAUAUGGAUACGAUGAGCUUAUUGUUCGUGACUAUGAUACAUUUUCAGGAGCGCCCCCCGGAUGAAGAUGAGAUUUAAUAAGACGCAAAUGUACCGUGAUCGAAGAUGUUAAUUAUUUCACUUUUCCAAUUUCCAUACAUGAUGUUAUAUAUUUCUCUCUUUAUUUUUCUCUGUAAUGGGCAUGUAAUUAAGUACACAAUAUCACAAUUUGUUUGAAUAUUCAUUA